CGUAGCUCGUCUCUCUCUCUCUCUGUCUCUCUCUCUCCAUUAUUUUAAUGUCCAUUUUCUUACGUCUUUAUGUUUUGUGAUACUUAACGGUUGAAGUAUUAUAACUGCUGAAUUUCCUUGUUUAUUGAAACAUGAGUGUAUUAGUGAAUAUGAUUGUUUUAGUGGUGAAUGUGAAGAAUUUCUUAUGAAAAUGUGAGAAAGUGAACUCGUAGAGAUGAGGUUCUGCUGAUGAAAGUGAUCUGCUCAGUAAAUAUGUAAUUUUAUUUUUGAAACAAAAAACUUACUUAUAAUAUUGCAUUCAUCGGUUAAAUGAAGUUUUCUUGUAGGAAGGUGUCAUAGUCACCACAGGACUGAAGAUGAAGGUUGAAAAUGAUGCUCUGCUGAGGAAAGAAAAGGAGAAAAUCUAUAUAGUGAAGAUGAUGUCAUGUUGGUGAGCGUGAGGUACAGUUAAUGUGAGGCAGCAGCCUUUAAAAACAUCUCUUAUUAAACUUUCUGUCACUCUCAGUGCCGAGUGUUAUUAAGUUUUAAAUGUCCACAACAUGCACAGAAACAAUGUUUAAAAGAGAACAACUUGUAAAAUAACAGUAACAAAUGUCAGUGUUAUGCUAGAAUGAGAAUUGUAUUUAAUAAAGCAGGAAACAUAUGUGUCUCGCUCAGCACUUGGAGAUAUCGAGGCUCGAUCCUACGUCCGGUAAGCUCGGCCAGGUGUCUGUCAGGAGUUUACACCCACUGGUUUUUGUGAGCAAUAUUUGUGAGAGUGUGAGAUACAAUCCUGGAGACAAGGGACGGACAAACCAUCAUUUUCUGUUCUCAAACAGACAGAAAAUAGAUAAUCAUCAACGCUUAUGGGGGAUUGGUUGAGGCUCGAUCAGGAGUCAGCCAGGUUGCGCUGCUCUUAUAGUUGAGAGUUAUUAGAGAAAACCGAGAAAGCCUCUGCAAGACGGGGAAACACAAGAACCUCGUUCCUGCCAAAGAAGCACAAGAGCCUGGGAUCUGAGAGAAAAAACAGACUUGAUCUCGGUAGAGAAAGCCAGCACAAGGUAUUGAGAUCUUUAGUGACAGCAGCCUGGGAGAGAUGACAGAGACGGAGGCCGUAAUUGACGACCUGGAUGUCGCAGAGACGAGAGGAUGUUGUGGUCUUACGAAACAGGAGAAUCCCCACUGCCACCAGCAGCGUCAGGCUGCAGGCGGAGGUGUCACAGAAGACAUACUUCAAAAUGGAACCAAUAACAGAGAUGUGAGUGACGUAACUGAUGAAGGAAGAACGGAAGGUAGGAUACAAGAACAAAAUGGAAAACUAGAUGCUGAAGAUACAGAUAAGAUAAGUGAACGAGAAGAUAAAUUAAGAAAUAGGAGAGAAAGGGAAACGGAAACAGCAGCAAAUCAAGAAACGAAUGAAACUCUUCUGCCAGAUAUAAAUACAAAUGUCAAUGAAGAAGGAAAUAUGGAGUGUGAGGAGACAAACGAGAAAGAAGGUGAGAUACAGCAGUAUGAGGAAGAGACUGAAAUUGCUACCGUAUUCUCUGGAGAAGUUAGACUGCGGAAGAACAGCAUCCAGGAGCGUCGCAAGGGCAAAGGUUCUCAAGGACCUCUCCACAACCUAAGGCUUCCUGUUCACCGGUCCUUCUCCUCCCCUCGCCUCAGCCCUGGACGCUGUUCUGACAACGGUCCCGAUUCAGCCAAGAGUGAACCUAUUAAUUCUCCCUUGAGAAACUCAGGUUCGUCUGGUCCCAAGAGUCCGGCAAUGGUUAUGCUGAGCCGCGUCUUCAACUUCCAAGGAUUACGCUCACCCUCCAAGAUGUCUCCGCCUUGUUCUCCAGAGACCAGCACGCAUCACUCACGCAAACCUUCACCUUCGUCAGAGUCCAAGAAGCGGAGAACAUUGAACCUCCCGCUUCACCACAGUCCUUCACCCACCACCAAAACCCACGAUUGCAACAGGUUCUCCUUCGAGUGGUCCUCUAGGUCUCCUUCCUCCACUAAGUCGAGUCCUUCGCCUAAGUCAAUGAGUAAAGACUCUCACAAGAACAAGAACCUCUCCAGUCCUGGAUCUAUGAUCAAUUCUCGGUCUCGGUUCUACAUUCCGUCGCCUACUGGAUCUAACUCGUCCUCUAGCAUAGAUAUCGGCUCCUAUCCUUGUCCAGAUUCUCCGCUGGACGGUACUGUGGAAAAAAUGGACGGUGCGGGCAUUCUGUAUCGUCCCUCGAAAAAUCGCUCGGCCGAAAUCCUCAGGAAUCAUAGGAGAACCAGAUCCGACACCUUCAAGCUUCUUGAGGCGAACAAAGCCAAAGCUGUGGUGGUGAGGAAGAGAAGCAGAGAUGACUCAGAAUGUGACACCCUCCCCUAUGAUAUAAGAACCGACCACGGAGAAUCUGAGGACAAGGAAAGAGCCGAUAUCUAUGCUAGAGGAACGAUUUAG